AUGGAUACUCGUGUUAUGUACCUUAAUACAACAGCAUUUGGAACAUCUCGUGCUAUAGGUUAUUUACAAAAUCGUCGGGAUCAUUUACUUGAACAAAGCCGUUCUGCUGCUACAUCGGCAGCUGGUACAAGUAAUAUGGCUGGAUUGAGAAGAGAAGAUCAUUAUCCUGAAUAUAGAAUUGGACGUGUUAAACAUGAGAGAAUAAAGGUUCAUCGAAGCGAUAAACUAUUUUUGGAGAAUGCAAUUAAAGUACUUAAAUUCCAUGCUACACGUAAAUCUAUUCUUGAAAUUGAAUAUUAUGGUGAAGAAGGAACUGGUUUGGGACCUACAUUGGAAUUUUUUGCUUUGAUUGCCACAGAAUUUCAACGUAAAGAUUUGUGUAUGUGGCUAUGUGAUGAUGAGGAAGAUGUUGAUACUUCAUUAAACAAAAAUUCUUCUAUUCAAUCAUCAGAUUCUUCUUCAACAAUACUCAAUCCUUGUUGUAAACCUCCAGGUUAUUAUGUCCAUUCUGUUGGUGGUUUAUUCCCGGCACCAUGGCCUACAACUACGAAUUGUGCUGAUAAUUUUUCAAAACAAUUGGAACUUUUCCAAUUAUUUGGAGUUUUUAUUGCUAAAGCUAUACAAUUAAAUUCUUCCUCUUCGAUUGUUUCAGUUCUCGAUUUGGAUGAUUUUAUGCAUAUAUUCCCAGAAAAGGCAAAAUUGCUCAAAUCAUUAAUUGAAUAUAAUUUAAAAAUAAAAGAAUUAAAUAAUAAAAACGAUUCUGAAAAAAUACUUGUGCAAUUUGGGGAUUCUGAAUGUUCCUUGGAAGAUUUGUCUUUAACUUUUGCUGUAAAUCCUCCAUCUAAAGUCUUUCCAUAUUCACAUGCUGAAUUAAUUGAAAAUGGUUUAAAUAUUGACGUGACUUUAGAAAAUGUUGAGCUUUAUAUUGAAAAAUGCCUUGAUUUUUAUUUAAAUACGGGAAUUAAAGAACAGGUGUUUGCCUUUAAACAUGGAUUUAAUAUGGUUCUUCCCUUGUCUUCUUUAAUUCCAUUUUCUGCAUCAGAACUUCAAUUACUUAUUUCUGGUGAACAAAGCCCUAAAUGGACAAGAGAAGAUUUGUUACGUUAUACAGAACCUAAACUUGGAUAUACCCGUGAUUCGCCUGUUUUUAUCAACUUUGUUGAUGUUUUGAAUAAUUUCGAUUCGACUGAACGCAAAGCCUUCUUACAAUUUACAACCGGUUGUUCUUCAUUACCACCUGGCGGUCUAGCAAAUUUACAUCCGCGCUUAACAAUUGUAAGAAAAGUUGGGUCUGGAGAUGGAUCUUAUCCUUCAGUAAAUACUUGUGUACAUUAUUUAAAAUUGCCCGAAUAUAGCACUGCCACAAUUUUACGGGAACGCUUAUUGGCCGCUACAUAUGAAAAAGGAUUUCAUUUGAAUUGA